AUGGUCAUCAACACCUCCAAUGAUGGUCAUCCAGCAGACCCUGAAAAGCAGAGCAAGACAUCAAUUAUAGUCGAUAGGGAAGAAUAUGUUCCUGAAGCAGACCAAUCCAGUGCCGCAAUUUGCACUUCCAGCUGGAUCGCAAUAUCACUGGUGGUGUUCUCUCUCGCACUCUCCAUGUUUCUACUCGGCUUGGACAGCACAAUUGUGUCGACGGCAAUACCUGAAAUCACCAACAAGUUUCAUGCGCUAGACGAUGUGGGUUGGUAUGCAAGCGCUUACAUGUUGACUUUUUGCGCAAUCCAACUCAUCUGGGGCAAGCUGUACUCAUUCUGGUCCGCCAAGUCGGUUUAUCUGGCUGCCCUGUUUAUUUUUGAAGUGGGAUCAUUGCUUUGCGGCGUCGCUCCAUCCUCAACCGCAUUCAUUGUCGGUCGCGCAAUUGCCGGUGCUGGUAGUGGAGGUGUUAGCGCUGGAUCUUUCGUGCUGGUUGCCCACCGAGUCCCUCUUAGACAUCGCGCUUAUGUGGUGGGGAUUGUCAGCGCGGCAUUUGGCGUUGGCUCUAUCGCAGGUCCUCUCGUAGGCGGUGCCUUCACAACCAAUGCGCAAUUGACAUGGCGGUGGUGCUUCUAUAUCAACCUUCCGUUGGGGCUUUUCGUGGCCUUGGUGAUAUUCGUUUGUAUUCGACUCAUAAAGAACGCCCCCAAUGCCGAUAUUGACCAGCCGCAACCAUUCCCUCAGUCGCCCAUGAAAGAAAAGAUUCGCCAGAUGGACUUUCCAGGCUUUCGUUACUUCUCCCUGUGGGGUGGGACAAAAUACAUCUGGUCGAGCGGACGUAUCGUUGCCCUCCUAGUUCUUGGACCAGUUCUUCUUCUCGCCUUCGCUUCUAUCCAAAUGUUCACCAAAGUGCAGUCCCAUGUCACAGUCCCUAUGCGGGUGGUUCAAAAUAGGAAGAUCUGGGCCUCAUCAAUGUACGGAUCGUGUAUCAUCGCUGCGUUUUUCACAAUGAUGUACUAUCUCCCCAUCUGGUUCCAAGCAAUCAAAGGUGCAUCCCCAGUACGCUCGGGUAUUAUGACAUUGCCCACAAUUAUUAGCUUCGUGAUAUUUUCCACCUCGGGCGGUGCGCUCACCUCUCUGGCGGGCUGUCACGCUCCCUUCGCCUGCCUUUCCGUUGUCUUGACCGCCACAGGAUCAGGUCUUCUCAGUACAUUGGAGGUACAAACAGGGACAGGUAAAUGGAUAGGAUACCAGAUCCUGUUCGGUGCGGGGUCGGGAUUAGGAAUCCUAACUGCUCUGACACCUGCUCAGGCUCUACCGGUCGCGGAUAUUGCCAUUGGCACAGCGAUCAUCAUGUUCUGCCAGAACCUUAUGGGUAGCAUCAUGGUUUCAGUUGCUCAGAAUGUGUUUACCAAUGAGUUGGUGAGGUAUCUGGCGGAAGAGGUCGAUGGAAUAGAUGCUCAGGCCGUCUUGAGCAUGGGCGCAACAGAGAUCAGUGACCACGUGCCCUCGGAUCAAUAUGGCACGGUGCUGAAAGCAUACAAUAAGGCAUUGACCCAUACUUUCUACGUGGCAGUGGCCUGUCUUUUGCAGCCGUGGUAG